AUGUGGUAUUUCCCAACACAGGUGGACUCUCCUGCCCUGGUGGCCAAAUCCCGUCCGGGCAGAAAGAGGAAAUCCGAACAGGAACUUCCGACCCCACCACAGACCGCCCCCAAGAAACGGGGAAGGAAACCAGCCUCAGCCUCAGUAGCGCCAUCCGUUGCGGCAAUAUCCACCUCCACUCCCUCAACUUCUGUUAGCGCAACAGUUGGGAGCUACGCUGCAGCUGCCAUUUUAGCCGCAGAGGCUAAACGGAGAGCAGCAAAGGAGUCUUCCAGCAAACAUUUCGUCCAGGAAACAGCCCUGCCAAUCAAAAAACGUAAAACGAGAGAGACAGUGGAGGAGAGGGAAAUUGUUCAAACUCCAUCAGCUUCAAUAACUGAUACUGUAAAGGGGGAGGCAAGUAAAGGGGAGGAAGCUCCGCCAAAACCUCAGCCUACCCCUUCUGAGCAGAGCCAGUCACAAUCACAGAAACAACCAUCUGCUUCAGAAGAAAGUCAACCACACGGACACAAGGCGCAUAAAGGAAAGAAGCACAAGGAGAAAACAGGAAUAGCAGCUGGAGAAGGCAGAAGCAGAGGAGAGGAAUUAUACGAAGAUAUAAGUGAUAAAGGAGGAGAGGAAGAAACUGGAGAAAGAAGUAGCAGCAGCAGUAGUAGCAUUAGCCCAUCAAAAAGUCACAAACGGAAGGACCGCCCACCUCACAAACACCACCAUCAUCACCACCACCACCACCAUCAUCACCGCCACCAACAUCCCUCUGCCUCCAGUUUGGAUCAGCCUCUUUCUCCAGGCUCCGGACAUCCAGCAGCCUCCAGCCAGUCAAAGGCUGAAGUCAAGCCCCAGGUUGUACCUCAGCUCUCCACACAACAAGUGCAUCACACUCAUGAAGCUCCUCCGAAACCACAAUCCAAGUCUGAACCUCGACAGACUCCCCCUCAACCCAGUUCCCAGGAGCAUCUUCAGAGCCAGUCUCCCACUCAGACACAAGCCAAGCCAAGAUACCACGCUCCUCAGCCCUCUCCUACCAGUAAUGUCUUGCCCCAGCCACGGUCCCAACUGCCCCCUCCCCAAACUCACAGUCAGAGCCAGGCUUCAUCGCAAAAAGGCCAGUCACAUCCUGUCCACUCCCCAGCCAAACACCAAUCCCAGCUUCAGACUCCACCUCAGACACACCUUCCUCAAACAAGGCCUCCACAUCCACAGACCCAGUCUCCCACUGUACUCCAACCUCAAACCCAGCCCAGGCACCCGUCUCAACUCCAAACACAGCUCAAACAACAACCCCAGCUGCGGCAGUCACUGCAGUCUCAUCUCCAACUCCAACCCCCGACCCGAACCCCAGCCCAGCUUCAGACGCAACAGCAACACAGAACCCCGGCCCAAAUUCCGCCUCAAUCCCAACCCAGGACCCGACCUCCACCUCAGCCCCAUUCCAGAUCUCCAUCCCAAACUCCACCUCCACCCCAGUCCAGGACCCAAGCCCAAACUCCAAAUCAACCACAAUCCAGGGGUCCUGCUCCACUUCCAAAUCAACCCCAAUCUAGGAGCCUUGCCCAAACACAACAUCAACCCCAAUCCAGGACCCCUGCCCAAACUUUGCCUCCACCCCAGACAUCAGUCCAACCUCACCUGCAACAAAGGCAUCAAAUGCAGCCCCAAUCCCUGACGAGGCAGCCAUCGCAACAACUCCAGACCCAACAAAGACAGCAAGCCAGACAGUCUCUCUCACAGCCUACGCCACCCCCGGCUCAGUCCCAAGCACAACCACACUUUCAACGGAUUCAAACACAGCCACGCCCACAGCCCCAGCUCACCAGGCCCAAUGUGCAGCACCUCUCAUCCCACCGACCAUCUCCAAGCCUAACCAGGACCAACCCGGCUCAGCAGAAUCAGGGCGAACAGCCCCAAGAUCUGAGCACCACACGGCCUAGUCGAGGAGGCCUUUUGCCAAGCCGAGAGGUCAGAGAUGAAGGCGUCAAGGCGGAAGGAAGACGGGAUCCGGCAUCAGAAAGCAGAGAGGUUUCAAGAGGAGACCGAGGUUCAAACAGCAACUCAAGGCCUUCAAGCUCCCUUCCUCCUCGACCUACAGGAGCAUCUGGAGCCGGAGUUGGCCUUGUUACUGGAGCAGAUGGAAGGGCGAGGCUUCGGGCUGAACCAGAGGCAGCAGGGGAUGACAGGGAGCUCAGAGACAUCGUCCCCCAGUCCGCGGUCCCAUGUCCCAGCCGAGAAGAAACCGUAGAGUCACGGACUGCCGUCAGCGAAAGAGUCAGCUGAUCAGUUGGGCUGAUGACCGGGACGACUGAUCGGUGGACUCGCGUACUGAGUCGGCACCAGAAGGAAAAGGAGUGUGACACGGUUGUUCACGGAGUUUUAAUGAUUGUUACACUGUUUUCAGAUAACGAAGGAUAACGUCAGAGCUGGUAGGACUGUUGGAGUCUCUACUCCGUCUGAUUCUGUCUGGAGACUCUGCAAAGUUCUGGAUUUGAGAACCAACCUGACGCUCAAGGGCAGCUGGAGAGGAGAGCGGACGGUGUCUUUUUCUAGGAAAAUCAAACAAAGAGGAAAAACCAGAAAAAAAAGUUUGUGUGUAAAUAUAAUCAAAAGGCAGCUGUUGUGUCCCGCUAGUCUCCAAGGGGGGAGGGGGGGGGGAGUAGUUUGGAAAAACCAACGCUUAACAACACAUUACUCUGAAGGAAAUGUUGCUUCCGGAAUAUAACCUGUUUUUUUUUUAUUUCGUAUUAUGAUAGUUUAUUGUUUUGUCUCUGUUAUACAGCUUUACACUCUGAUAUUAUUGACUGAUAGUCCCUUACUCAUCGCCGUGCUGCUGACUGACAGUCCCUUAUUUAAAGUCCUGCUUUUUAACUGACGGUGACUCCUUCUAUUGACUGAAAGUCCCUUACUGAAACUAGUCCUUGACUGAAAUCCUCAGAGGUGAUGUGGGGGCGGUGGUUUGCACCUUAAACUGGUUUCUUAGAAAUCUACCAUAUUUUUUGUAAUCACCAUUUUCCAUUUGGCCCGCGAUAAACAAAGGUGUGGGGUCUGUAAUGUUUUCCAUCCACUUCCAGAAUGCCCCCUACAGGAAGCAAAUCUGACGUAUGUAUUAAGACUUGUGACCCACACAGACCUCACUCUGGACUGAGUCUUUGAAACGCAUUUUGAAUAUUGUUUAAAAUAUUUGAAUAACUUUAGGAGUUCUUGUAAAACAGCCGUUCCAAGUCAGUUAUUUGAUAAGCAAAUCUCGAGAGCUCCUAAUUUGGUUAUAAAGUAUUUCAAACCCACCGAGAUGUUCUUCCAGGUUAGAGAUUCUUCCAUUUAGGUCUUCAUUGAAUUGGUUUGUUUUGGUAGUGUUUUUGUUUCCAAAGGAAGCGCUUUUAAUAUCAAACCAAACCCACUUUUACAGUAGCUCUAUUUUAGUUUGUACUCUUCAUGAAAUGAGUGGGAAAAAGGAGAAAUUGUGUCAUCGUGUUGAAUGUCUGGAACAGUUUGCAACCCCUCCAGUUUAUACAAUCAACCGCCUGCAUGUCGCUAGGAGACUUUGCAGGCCAUCAACUGGAGUCGCAACAUAUGCAGAGGUCGACCUCGUUAGGUUUUUACUGUUGGACAUGAUGGCGUUCUUCGGGAAGUUGAACCCUGAACGAGGUCUGGUCAUGUGGAGACACAACAUUCAGUGAGCAGACAGCAACCUUUGAGUCUGAAAUUCCAGAUUUGAGAGCAAAAAGAAGGAGAUAUUUCUAAGAGUGGAAGGAGUCAUUUCCAAGGACUUAACAUAGAGACCACCUGAUUAACAACCUGAAGCAAUUUGGUUGAUAUUCUUAACUAUCUUAAUUUGAUUUAACAGUUGGUGAACAUGGGGAGUGGGUGUCAAUAAAAAAAAAUAAAAAAAUUCUAAUCACAUUUAAGAUGUACUGACAGAAUCAUAAGCUUCUAAUCAAACAUUGCUCCAGACAUUUUUGAGAAGUUUUCUUAGUGCCUUUUGUGUUUAGACAACUCAUCUUUAAAUGGGUUCGACUUGAAUGUCACUUGUUGGGCUUAUGCAGUGUUCUUAUCUGUCUAAACGACUUUGACUUUAAACCAUAGGCUGUAUGAAAUAUGGAUAUGGUUUCUAAUAUCAUCCAUGGGUUUCUGAAGAGUAUAACUCCUGGCUAAUUUACAACUGGGCAUCAAUGUAAUUGAGGCGGGCCCGAAGCAGAGCAGACAGUUAGACAUGGAUGGAUAUUGAGAAAUGGAUAAAGUGUUGGAUUCAGGGCUUCAUUCGUUCCUAUGAAAUGUUCUCGGUUGCACGGGAAGUCAAAAUGGCCUUACUUUGGAGAACUAAAAUACCUGGACUUUCUGGCGAUCUUUAAACCCCGUCUCCUAGCCGAUAUAUCGUAGACGUUCGGUCUUGGCAAAGUCAAAUUAAUGCAUUUUAGCGCGUUUUACAGCUUGUAGACCUAAAAUAAUUGAUUUACAGAUGUCUCUUUCUGAAUGUAAGUCAAUGGGAUCAAAUCUUUUUCGGCCGAUGGCUUCACGUAAUUGACACAGUUGUUGUUGUUGACGUUGUUGCCUCAAGUGGCCAUUUGAGGAACUGCAGUUGUUGGCACUUCCACUUAGGAUUCCCUGCACAUGCUUUUGACGAUAAUCUGACAGUCAGAUAUGGACGUGUCCUAUUAAAGCAUGAAUGUAAUAUAAGGACUGGAUAUCAAAGAUAUGUCGCCCAAGUUCCUUAAAAUAAAAUAGCAUGUUAGCUUCUGGGCUUGAUCCACAUCAUAGAUCUAUCUGCACAUGCUCAGUAGAGUUUCUCUCCCUGGCCCAUUGAGAUUUUCCGCAAAGAAAAUUAGCCUUUCUGAUAAAGUUUGUCGAAUAAACAAUAAUGUAAAAUGUUAUUUCUCAGCAACUUUCACUUCAACUCACCUUUAAUUAAGCUCUGUUACUGGAUGUGUAUUAGUGAAAUGCACCCUGGGAGUGGUGGUAGAUGGUAGAGUUGUGUAUUGUGUAGGAUAUUCUAUUUUAGCUUGUUUGUUUAUUAUUCAAUGUAGGCUAUCAAUGAGGAGAAUAUACAUUAUAUAGCACAUUAUACUUUUUAAAUUGUACUUUAUGCCAAUUCUUAUUUAAAAUGUAGAAAUAUAUGCCACCUUAUCUUGGGCGCCUGACAUCCCCUUCUCUCUUAAAGCACUUAAUGUCACACUUUAUUUCACCUUGGCUGUAACGAUACAAACGGCAGAAUCAAAGAAAAUUUAUGUUUUAAUUAACCUGAAACAGACGUGUUGCAAUGCCCUGCCGUGCAUCUCAGCCAAGAUUUCAAUUCAAUAAUCUCCAGAGAAUUCUUGUAGGUUUUCUGCUGAAACAACUCCUAAAACAAGGGGAAGUUUCGUGACUGUCUCCUGAGCUCUCAAAUCUGAACAUACAGACACUGAAUGUUAAUGCUCUCUCAAUAGAUUUGCCAUCAAGAAAUCUAAAAGUUUUGCACCUUAUUCUUCACAUGAAGGCUCCUGCACUUUAACAAUGAUAUCGGGAAAAUUGAGCUCUUCGACCCUCAAACAAGCGGGAAAACCCCCCCCCUGAAUGUCUUCAACCUGGAUCCGAUAAAUGUGCCUCGUUCUCUAAAGUCCUCUCACCUGAUGUUUGUUGUCUCCACCUGAAGCCUCACCUCUGCGUACUUGACGCUCCGCCUGCCGCCCAGUUAUAGCAUGCUGUCUCUCACGCAGCUGCAUAAAUCAAACGCCCCUCUGUUUACGGACCCCCUCCACAGGACCCGACCCGGCACAACCCUACAGUAACCAGCCACCAUAUUGCAUGUUCCAGAGUUUAGUGCCUAUAAUAUUGUGCGUCUUGCCAGAAGCCACCAUGUCGAGCCAAGCCAUGUUGUGUUUCUAGACUUAGUAGUGAUGUGUGUGGUGACUUCAUAGUUGCUAAUAUUGAGGAUGAAUAUUCUGCUUUUACUCUGGUUGGAAUUAAGUGGAAACUCCAAUACAAUGUCGCUGUAGACAAAACUAGUUUUUACCUGUUUUCUUAUUUUUUCUUUCUAACUAAAAGCGUUUGUUGUCCCCUGA